AUGAGUGGCAGUAUAUUUAGUUCUGGAGAUCCAUGGGAAAAUGGGUGGGCAUCUAAUGAUAAUGCUAAUAUAAGGUCAUCUACCAUUCCUGGUUUUGAAUCAGGCAGUACAUAUUUAACAUCAUCACAAUUACUCAAGCAUGAUGAUACAAGAGAUGCAAACGAUUUGGGUGAAAUUCCGGUAUCGUAUAAGAAGGUUUAUUCUGCAUUGUCAGAAGAUAUAUCUACAGUCACUGAUUUGGAAAGAUCGGUGUUUAAUAAGUUGGUGGACGCUGGUUAUUUAACAAGUUAUCAAAGUUCGAAGAUCUUAGAUACAUUGUAUGAUCAUGCCAUAUUACCACCAUCUGAAAUUGCCAAUUUUGGACGAAUUUUGGGUCUCAUUGCAUUAGAAUUGGAUGCAGCAGGAACGGGGGAAUAUGUGACAUUACAAAUGAGACUCAAUAAUUUGCCUGAUUUAUCUGACAAAGUAGUUCAUUUACUUAUAAAUAAUGACGACAAAUCGGAGACUAAAGAUAUUGUGGAUCCAUUGAGUGCCCAAUUGGCAAACUCCGGUUUGCCUGAAAAUGAUAGGAAUGAAUGGCAUGCGGAUGCGUCAGAGCAUAAGAGAGGUGGCCAAGCAAGUAUUUUGUCAGACCCUAUACUUACUGACCAUACGUCUGUACAGCAAAGUCAUCUUGAUGGAGGUGGAGAACAACAACCUGCAGAUCAUUCGCAUAUUGCCAAAUACAUCAAUAAUAUAAGAGAUACCUUUACUCCGUUAUUGGAGUACUUAUUGAAAAAAUACCCUUUUAGGGUGAUUCCUGGUUUACCUCCUAAGAAAUUUUCUGUAGGAUCUUCCCCAGAUUCUCAAUUUUUACAACGACGUCGUCGGGGUCUUUUCAGGUUCUUAAAUCAAAUAGUUAAGCAUCCUGUAUUAAGACAAGAUGCAUUAGUCGUGACGUUUUUAAGUGUUCCGACUGAUUUAACUACGUGGAAGAAACAAGCGAAAAUUGACUAUUCUUUGGAAUUUAAAGGACGUAAGAUCCUGACCGAGUUUAUCAAUUCUAUUUGGCCAACUAUAGGAGAAGAAUUCCUUAAUAAUUGGAAAAAUGCAGAGAAUAAUAUUACUAAAUUAAUUGAAUUAUGGACCAAGAUUGUCAUGUUGGUUGAAAGAUAUGAAAAGAGACAACAGCAAGUUGCGUAUGAUAAUGGAAAAUUCGUAGAAAUGAUAAAGGGAUUUCUGCUCUUAAAUGGCUCGCUCUAUCCUCAUUCAGAAGAACAUGGUACGAUAAUUGGCAACAAUAAUAAAGAUGAUAUGAAUUCUAUUAAUGACUCCUUGGAUCGUGUGUCGGGGUUUUUUAAUAAAUCUAGUCAAGUACUUAUAGAUGAGAGUUAUGCCAUAAAUACAUCAGUGUUGGAAAAGUUCAAAAACUAUCUUGACUAUUUAUAUUCAUUACAAGAAUUGUUUGAAAGAUCCAGAAAAUUACUGGCUAAUAAUAUAGCACAAUUGCAAAUCAGAAUUCAUGAUAAUGAGCAAAAAUACAACAAAUUAAGCAGCGAUAAUGCUGACAUAAAAGGAAGUGACCUAGCUAAAUUAAGACAGGUUAUAAUUAACGAUAAGCAAGAAAUAUUCCAGCAAUUGAAUAAGGACUGGCUAAUCAAAGAUUGUGUCUUGGAUGAAUUUUUGAUGUUUCAAGAAACGCAAUACUUAAUCAGUGAGAUGUGGGUUGAAUGGUGCAAAGGAAGAUAUAAGUUCCAAGAUAAAAUAUUCGAAUUGCAUGAUAACUUGAAUAAUGAAGUUGUCAAUGACAUGCCUCUCUCCAGAUAG